AGACGUAGCUUUGGAGCUGUAUACCAUAACCGUACGCAACUGUUUUCUCAAAUGGAAAAGCAAUAAAACAUUUAUUUUUUGGAUACACAUUGAGAUUUAUAUUUGGUUGAAAAUUACGAUCUGAGGACCAAGCACCUUUAAAACAAACCGCUACUUUUUAACCUGCUCCUGUCGCCCAUCUGGACAACACUUUACUAUUCCACAGCAGACAGCACCCAUGACCGGCAGGAAAUGUAUGAUAUGGAUCCUCAUACGAUGGACAAGGUGGAGCAGAUCCUGUCAGAGUUCAGGUUGAAGAAGGAACAGUUGAAGGAGGUGAUGAAGAGGAUGAUGAGGGAGAUGGACCGGGGACUGCGUGUAGAGACGCACCAGGAGUCCAGCGUCAAAAUGCUGCCCACCUACGUCUACUCCACUCCUGAGGGAUCAGAGGUGGGGGAUUUCCUGGCCCUGGACCUGGGGGGGACUAACUUCCGUGUGAUGUUGGUGAAGGUGGGGGAGGAUGAGGAGAGGGGGUGGAAGGUGGAGACCAAAUACCAGAUGUACUCCAUCCCUGAAGACGCAAUGACAGGCACGGCUGAGAUGCUCUUUGACUACAUUGCAGAGUGUAUAUCAGACUUCCUGGACAGACAUCACAUCAAACACAGGAAGCUUCCUCUGGGUUUCACCUUCUCCUUCCCCGUACGACAUGAGGACAUAGACAAGGGCAUCCUACUGAACUGGACCAAAGGGUUCAAGGCGUCUGGAGCCGAGGGUAACAACGUGGUGGGACUACUGAGAGAUGCCAUCAAGAGGAGAGGGGACUUUGAGAUGGACAUAGUUGCCAUGGUGAACGAUACAGUUGCUACCAUGAUAUCUUGCUACUACGAGGACCGCAGCUGCGAAGUGGGAAUGAUUGUGGGUACUGGGUGUAACGCGUGCUACAUGGAGGAGAUGCGGACAGUGGAGCUGGUGGAGGGAGAAGAGGGGAGGAUGUGUGUGAACACAGAGUGGGGGGCCUUCGGUGCCAACGGAGAGCUGGAGGAAUUCAGACUGGAGUACGACAGGGUGGUGGACGAGACAUCACUCAACCCUGGACAACAACUCUAUGAGAAGUUGAUCAGUGGGAAGUACAUGGGAGAGCUGGUGAGGCUGGUAUUGUUGAAGCUGGUGAAUGAAGAGCUGCUGUUUAACGGGGAAGCCUCUGACCUGCUGAAGACUCGCGGUAGCUUGGAGACGCGCUACGUCUCCCAGAUAGAGAGUGACUCUGGUGACAGGAAGCAGAUCUACAACAUCCUGUCCACGCUGGGCGUGUUGCCCUCGGAGAUGGACUGUGACAUAGUGCGUCUGGCGUGUGAGAGCGUGUCCACGCGGGCAGCACACAUGUGUGGAGCGGGGUUAGCCGCCGUAAUCAAUCGCAUGAGAGAACGCCGCAGCCAGGAGGUGCUGAAGAUCACCGUGGGCGUUGACGGCUCAGUCUACAAACUCCACCCCUGUUUCCAAGACAGGUUCCACAAAGUUGUACGUGAGCUGACGCCUCACUGUGACAUCACCUUCAUCCAAUCAGAGGAAGGGAGUGGACGGGGGGCAGCACUUAUCUCUGCAGUAGCCUGUAAGAUGGCAGCGUGCAUGCUGACACAGUGAGAGGGUCGUAACAGCCUCCCACCUAUAGGGGGUGAUGCAGGUGAACCAGGCUGAACUGAACCCCUACAGUAAAUGACUCCCCUGGAGAAUCUCAAUUGGUUUUGCUCAACUCGCAUCCUCUCCUCCAUCCUCGCCUCGCCUCCUUUUGACAAAGGUCAACGGUAAUCGAGGAGAGGAGGGGAGGAAACAUGAUAACAAAUGCAUUUGUAUGAAAUGAGUCUCUCCUUCUUCACUAGCGCGUCAUCAUACAAAUGACGUUUACAGGGGUGUAAAGCAGUAAAAACUAAUGUAGCUAGUUGUGCUAGACAUUUUAUAGAUAAAACUACAAGUAUUGUUUUGAAAUAUGUGCAUGCUUUUCUCCUCCAAGUGAACAACAGCUGAAUCAAAAGGGGCAGAUUUCAAAACUCUGCCGCGGAGUAUGCACUUCAGUAUCCUUCGCGAGAGGAAGCUAGAGAAGUGAGGAGGACACUCCUCUGUUCGCCUACAAACAAAUGAACUCUCUCCUUGACCACUUAUCGGUUUCCAGGUCACAGAGAAGAGGAGGACAGAGGAGUCGAGGUGAGGACGGACUGUUGUCCAAUUAAGAAUCCCCCCCAUCUAAGGUCACCCAACUCUGGCCUUUUCUCGAGGCUCUCACAGAGUAAAGCAUGCCUCCUCACUGGUGAGAGAGGGAAUAUAUGUGUGGAGAACUCAUUGUACUGACAUUUAACCCUACCACACAGCACACACAAUAUGGAAAACAAAGAGGCAGGUUAAAUCAGUAUUUUUCCUAGUGUACAGUAUUACACAGAGUCUCUGUACAUUUCCUGGAGUACCCACAAUGCACAGGUGGUGUGUCACAGCAAGUACUGAACCGCUGUUAUAACAUGUUCUCAAGCUACCACUAAUUGCAGGUGUUUGAAGCCUGGUUAGUACUGUAAUAUAACGUUCAUGUGAAAAGCAUUGACAUUGAUUUAUGACAUCUGUAUGUUUUUAGUUUGCUGAUGUCCGUACAAUCCAGAGAUGUUGCCUUAGAUACAGUAACUCAAAAGUAAAGGAUUAUACGUUUCAAAUGUAUUGCAGUUUAGUCUUUCACUUACUGUUAGUAGGAAAUGAAAUGCUUCUUUAUAAAAGUAUGUAUGAUGAGUUUAGGUCUUAAUUGCUAAUAUGUAUAUCUAAGAAUGAGAAUGUGCUUUGUUUGUUGUAAAUAAAGUUGCUAUAACAUAA